AUGUUUGCCAAGCCUGCGAAAAUAAGUGGCAACGUGGUGCUUGGAAAGAAGGAAGUCAAAAAGCUUCACCGCAAUAUGACUGAAUGCAUUAGUAGCACAUGCAAUAGCUCUGAUGCUGAAAUUUUCAAGUGCUUGCUAGCUUCUAAGGCCGCCGUAAAGAAGAUUAGCUUUCAGGCCCCGUCUCGAAUUGUCGUGUACGUCUUAGAGGAGACAAAGGAGCCACUGAUCUUUGACAUAUCGGGGAAAAACGACUUCUGCUUCAGUGUCUACGCGUUGUGGCGCUUUCCAAAUCUGCUGCUGCCGCUGGUGGUGUACGCUUCUGUGAGCGAGUACAUAUUACGAGGGGCCGACGUAAUGUUGCCCGGUGUUGUGUUUGCGUCUGAAGAGCAUAUGCAAUCGUUACGCAAGGGUGAAUUACGAGCUGUCUAUGCUCAAGGCAAUCCUUGUGCAAUUGCAGUGGGUGAAGUGCUUAUUGAUGCGGCAGAAAUGGAACGAAGUGGCAAGAAGGGCCGAGCACUGAAGCUCUGGCACGUAGUGGGGGAUCAGUUGUGGAAUAUAGGGCCACAAACGCUACCGAAUCGCGGAUUUGAAGCAAAUAAAGUAUCGCCUUUUGGAGAUGGAGAGAAAGAUCCCGGUGUGACACUGGAAAUGGUGACGCUGGAAGAAUAUAAGGAAGUGAAGAGUGAACAGGAAAUCACGAAGCAACAAAUGGACAGUCACUAUGUAGGAGCACUUUUGCAGGCGCUUAAGACGGCUAAGAUUCGAGAAAAUGACUUGCCCAUACUGGUCAGCUCCUUCCAUGCCAAUGUAUUGCUGCCAUGUCGACGAGCCGGGGCAUCGCUAAACAUCAAACGCUCCUCUUUUAAGCAACUUUCGGUAUUUCUGAAGGCUAUGGAGGCUCAUGGAUUGGUUGAAGUUGCUGAUAAUGAUGGGAUACAAACGAUCACAAACAUUGACAGACGCCACCCAGAUGUGAUAUCACACGAUCCUUAUCAUACUGACGAACAAGCGCAGUUGGAAGAGCAGGCCACUAUUGAUAGAAGUGCUGGACUGUCUAAUUACGUCUCUGGUCGAUACGCUCCUGACGUGGAGGAAAGAAUUGGCUUAUCCCCUUCACUUAAGGCUCUCAUAUCGUCAAGUUUGGGUGAUGUUUCUUUCACUGGUCAGCCAUUGCAAAAGUACUGGUCGUCUACCGAAAUUCGGGAUCUUGUCACUCAGUACGUUGAAAAUUGUGGACUGAUAGAUUCUGAAAACAAGAAGUACGUGCGCCUGAACGGUCCUCUUACAGAUGCGCUUUACGGGAAUAAAGCACCCGUAAAUGGCUAUCCAGACCGAAUUGCUCGACCAGAAAUGCUAAGCUUACUGGUAUCCAAAUGCUCACACUAUCACCGAAUUAAACUCUUUCCAACCCAUGCUGCUAAGUUUCAUGGUGGCAAGUUGCGACCGAUUACGAUUCACGUGGAGAAGCUUAAGCGCCGAAGUAACAUCACAGUUACUUACGUUGCCCAUUACCAGCAAUUUGGAAUUGAUGGUGCAACGUUAGCUAAGGAAGCACAAAAAAAGUGGGGCUGCAGUGCCGCUUUGCAUAUUUCCGAGGACAAAAGUAAGGGUGAGGAGAUCGAGAUACAUGGACACAUGGCUAAUGAGGUGAUGGAGUAUCUGGUCACCAAGUACCUUAUUAAUGCCAAGUACUGUACCAUAACUUAUGGCAAGAAUUUGAAGGCGAAGAAAAAAAAGUAA